GUGGGCCAACAGGAGAGGGAAGGCUGGGUGGGGGCAGAACAGAAGGGAGAGGACAGCGGGGCAGAUCUCUCUACCAACACCUGCACCUGGUCACUUGGUUCUCAUUCAGCCACGCAGCGAAGUCUCUUCACCGAUUCACUGGAUCCACACCUAGAUCACAUCACGGAUGACACAAAUACUGGCUUAAACUUUUAGAGAGAGUACUGUGGAAAAAACGGGAGUCUGGUGUCAUUCUUUUGUUGCGCUCCGCAGAGGAAUGCCUUCGGCUAGAAGCGGCUGAUCAAGCGUCGUUGUUUUCCUCCCCUUUCUUUUUUUCUCUCAAGAGGAAUUUUCUGACCUAUCGGAUUGUUUUGUGCCAGCGGAGAUCCGCUGAAGGAGAUCUUUCCAGUCCAGUUCGGACGCGUAAAACGGUAACAUCCCUCAAGUUUUUCUUUGGAACAGAGCAAGGAAAAGAAAGAUAAACGAAAGAUUUUGUGGGCUACCUGCAUGACUGUUACCAUGACAGCAUCUGGAGCCCAGCUCCUCCUGUUGGCCCUGUGUGUUUACAGAGGCUGGGGCCUGCAGUCUCCUCCACGGGUCCGUCUCUCCUUCAAAGAACUUAUGGACACAAGGGCAGCACGACCCUUCAGUUUCUCCUUCAACACCAGUGACUACCGCAUCCUCCAUAUGGAUCAGGAUCAGGGCCGUCUGUACCUGGGCAGCCGGGAAUACCUUGUGGCUCUGGACAUGCACAAUGUCAACAAGGAGCCACUCAUAAUCCACUGGCCUGCAUCUUCUACAAGAAAGGGAGAAUGUCAGAUGACAGGAAAGGGUAGACAGGGCGAAUGCGCCAACUUUGUGCGAUUGAUUGAGCCGUGGAACCGCACCCACCUCUACACCUGUGGAACGGGAGCAUACAAACCCAUCUGCACGUUCAUCAGCAGGGGUUGGAGGGCAGAGGACUACCUGUUUAGGCUGGUGCCUGGGUAUGGGGAUUCAGGGAAGGGAAAAUGCUCGUACGAUCCCAAACAGGAGAGCGUUGCAGUCCUGAUCAAUAGUAAUCUAUAUGCAGGAGUGCAUAUUGACUUCAUGAGCACAGAUGCUGCUCUGUUUAGGACCAUGGGAGGCAGAGCAGCGAUCAGGACAGAGCAGUAUGAUUCCAGGUGGCUGAACGAGCCUGUGUUUAUUCAGAUCCAACAGAUCCCUGACAGCGCAGAAAAAAACGAUGACAAACUUUACUUCUUCUUCCGUGAGAAGAGUCUCGACUCCACUGGGGGGGCCAGCCCCACCGUUUUAGCCAGGGUGGGGAGAGUGUGCAUGAAUGAUGAAGGAGGGCAGAAGUCCCUGGUGAACCGCUGGACCACCUUCCUAAAGGCUCGGCUCAUCUGCUCUGUUAUAGGAGACGAUGGGGUGGAGACCAGAUUUGAUGAACUACGGGACGUGUUCAUUCAGCCAACGCAGGACGAACGAAACCCCAUGGUGUAUGCUCUCUUCACCACAGCGGGCUCCGUGUUUAAGGGCUCAGCAGUCUGCGUGUACUCCAUGGCUGACAUCCGCAAUGUUUUUAACGGACCUUUUGCCCAUAAACAUGGACAUAAUUAUCAAUGGACAGAGUACACUGGCAAGAUUCCCUACCCUCGGCCUGGAACAUGUCCAGGAGGAACUUUCACUCCAGGCAUCACCUCCUCCAAGAAUUUUUCAGAUGAAGCAGUCAAUUUCAUCAGGGCCCAUCCCCUCAUGUUUCAUCCAGUUUAUCCUGUCCACCGGCGCCCCCUGGUGGUAAGAACGGCAGUGGACUAUCGCUACACUGCCCUGGUGGUGGAUCAGGUGGACGCUGUGGAUGGGCGCUAUGAGGUGCUCUUUUUGGGCACAGAUCGAGGCACUGUUCAGAAAGUUAUUGUCCUGCCUAAAGACCCAACAACCAUGGAGGAACUGACUCUAGAGGAAGUGGAGGUUUUUCGGAGCAGAGCCCCAGUCAAAACAAUGAAGAUCUCCUCGAAAAGACAACAGCUGUAUGUGUCGUCGGACGCUGGGCUGACGCAGGUGUCGCUGCACCGCUGCGACGUCUACGGCCGGGCUUGCUCUGACUGCUGUCUGGCUCGCGACCCCUACUGCGCUUGGGACGGAGAGAGCUGCUCUGCCUUCACCCCUUCCACCAAAAGGAGGAGCAGAAGACAAGAUGUCAAACAUGGAGAUCCUCUGAGACAGUGCAGGGGCUUCAAUGCCAAAGGAGAGAAACGUCUGAAAGAGACGGUGCAGUUUGGUGUGGAGGGCAGCAGCACUUUCCUGGAGUGUCAGCCUCGCUCCCCUCAGGCCACAGUGAAGUGGCUCUUCCAGAGAGAAGGAAAGAGGAAAGUGCUGAACCGAGCUGGAGGAGUUCUGAAGACCAACCACGGCAUCCUGCUGAAGUCUCUCAAUCAGUCAGAUGCCGGUCUCUACCACUGCCUCGCCACUGAAAACAACUUCAAACACACGCUGGCUCGUGUGGCUUUGCGCAUCCUCGACCGAGACAUUGUCCUAGCACUCACCGCUCAAGAUGAGGAUGAGGAGCUGAAAACUCGCCAGGCGCCAGCCUACCCACGCCUGCCGGACUCUCCCACUCCAUUUUCCCCGGAGAUUAGACUAAUCAACCAGUACUGCCAGACCUACUGGGAACCGGACAACACCAAACAACAGCAACAGCGCAAACGCACCAGCCGCAGGCACACAGAGAGCCAAGACCAGGGGCUCGGUUAGAACCUUGAACACCACCUGACUCGGGCCUGAAUGGACUUUAUUAUGCUGAACUUUUCAUUUUAAACAUGUUGAGGUGUGACUUCCACUUAUCACGUUACUGAUGACAUGUCUCUUUUUCGGUAAAGUGUUGAUGGCUUUACAGGUGUCAGCCCUGAAACAUGCAUUUAAAAUAAAGUUUACACAACUGAUGACCACAAGCUAAACAUUAUGCGUCUGUGAAUGCCAAAAAGCAACUUUAUUAUCAUGUAAAGUCACUGUGGUUAAAAAAAAAAAUACUAAGAUAAAUGAAUAGUCAAACAUGGAGGCUGCUCAGUGAAAUAAAACACACUUUUCAUAAAAGUUUGGAAAGAAUCUGACAAAAACGCAUAAGUAUUGUGUACAUUGUUGCAUUAAAACAUCCAAAAAACAGGUUUGCUUUCUUUCAAGAAUCCUAAAAAUGUAAUAUAUUGAUUGUGGAUAUAAUAUAUGUGUUCAUGACCUGUUCUACCAUUGUAUUGUAUGAAGCGUAUACUGACAUAAAUGCAUAUUUUGCAUGCAUAUUGCUGUUUUUGCAAGUUGUACAAUUGACUGUUGUUCCGUUUUCAGACUUGCCAUGUUGCGAUCUUUGUGAGGUGUAAUGUAUUCUGUUAAGCUAAUUCCAUUGGAUGUAGAUGUAUAAUGUUCGCCUCAGUGUCCUGUGCUUUUGUGAGCUAUAGUGUGUGAAUAUUGAAGAUGUGUGUAGCAUACAGUGUUCUUCCAGUUAUGCACUUUGUUGGUGGUGGCAUUUGAGGGAAACAGGGAUCUUUGCACAAAAAAAUCUCUUUUUUAUGUACAGUGUGUUAUAAACUGGGUAAUGAAA